GUCUUCGGAGCGCCGCGUGGGGGGUGAGGGGACGGACAAGGAGCGUGGGCGGAGGCGCCGUCCCGGGGGCCGAGGCGGGUCUGAGGCUCGGUGACGCCGCCCGGGGCCCCGCGCCAGGCCCGGGCCAGGGAGCGCCGCGCCCGGCGCCUCGUCUCCCGCCGCUGCCGGCCCCGCUCCGCCCCCGAGGCCGAUGGCGCCGGCCGCGCGGAGGGAGCCGGCUCAGGGCUGUGUGACCUUUGAAGAUGUGGCCAUUUACUUCUCCCAGGAGGAAUGGAGGCUCCUUGAUGAGGCACAGAGGUUUCUGUACCACGAUGUGAUGCUGGAGAACUUUGUACUUACAACAUCCCUCGAUUCUUGGUGUGGAGCAGAGACUAAGGAGGUACUUUCUGAGCAGAGCAUUUCUGUAGAAGGAGUGUCACAGGUCAAGAAUUCUAAGGCAGGUUCAUUAGCUCAGGUGACUCAGCCCUGUGAAAAGUGUGUUCCAGUCUUGAAAGACAUUUUGCAUCUGACUGAGCUUCAAGCAACAUAUCCUGGGCAUAAACCAUACUUGGAUGGGGCAUCCAGAGGUUUCUGGUUCAGUGCAAGCCUUCAGCAGUAUCAAAAGCAUGACAGUGGAGAGAAAAUGUUUGAAAUGGACGUGGAUCAGGCCUUGUUUGUGAUGAACUGCAGAUUCCAUGUGUCAGGGAAGCCCUUCACCUCUGAGGAGGGCAGAAAGGAGUUCCUGUCUACCGCAGGCCUUCUGCACCAGGCCACUCCCAAUGGUGAGAUGUCUCACAGCAGCAUCAAAUGUGGGGAGACCUUAAACAGUGGAAAAAGUCAUGACAAGUGGAUUGAAUGCAGAGAAGUUUUCAGUAACACAGACACACUUCAUCAGCAUAGAGUCUGCACUGGAGCAGGUCUUGAUAAGUGUAACAAGUGUGAGAAAGCUUUCAGUUGCGAAUACAGACUUGUUCAGCACCAGCAAAUUCAUGUUAGAGAACAGCCUUAUGAGUGUGGUGAAUGUGGGAAAUUGUUUAGCCGCAAAACCCACCUCAUUCGACAUUGGAGAGUUCACACUGGAGCAAAGCCUUAUGAGUGCAUUCAGUGUGGGAGAUCUUUUAGCCAGAAAUCUGACCUCAUUCAACACCAAAGAGUUCACACUGGAGAAAGGCCUUAUGAGUGCAGUGAAUGUGGGAAAUCCUUUAUCCAGAAGUCCAUCCUCAUUAAACACCAGAGAGUUCACACUAAUGAAAGACCUUAUAAAUGCAGUGAAUGUGGAAAAUCAUUUAGCCAAAGUUCUGGCCUCCUCCGACACAAGAGAGCUCACAGUAGAACAAGGCCUUAUGAAUGCAGUGAAUGUGGGAAAUCGUUUAGCUGUAAAACUCACCUCGUUCGACACUGGAGAGUUCACACCGGAAUAAGGCCUUAUGAGUGCAUUGAGUGUGGGAAAUCUUUUAGUGAGAAAUCUGUCCUCAUUCAACACCAGAGAGUUCACACUGGAGAAAGGCCUUAUGAGUGCAGUGAAUGUGGAAAAUCCUUUAGCCAGAAAUCUGUCCUCAUUCAACACCAAAGAGUUCACACUGGAGAAAGGCCGCAUGAGUGCAGUGAAUGUGGGAAAUCCUUUAGCCGCAAAACCCACCUCAUUCGGCACCGGACAGUUCACACUGGAGCAAGACCUUAUGAGUGCAAUGAAUGUGGUAAAUCAUUUAGCCAGAGCUCUGGCCUCCUCCGACACAGAAGAGCUCACAUGUAGUGAUAGGAGAAAUCUUUAAGGUGCAAAUUUCACCUCAGCCAACACCAAUGAGUUCACUCUGGAAAAAAGCCUUAGCUAUGCAGAGAAUGUGCUCCUUCCUUGCUUAGUAUACCAGUGUUGGAGGAAAGGCUCUGAGAGGUGCCAUACUCCAGAAUUGAAUCUCAUACAUUUGUACAUUCACAGACCAGAGAUUUCCCGUAAGUUCAGUUAUGUGGAAAGCACACGUACCCUCCACAGGGUUUUUUAAUCAGAUUUAUGUUAUUACCAUGUUCUGUGGCAGAAGCCGUUUCACCUGCCACCACCUGGCAUGUCCACAUUGUGUGCAUCAGUCACCACCCCAGUGUGCUCAGUGAAGCUGACUUGUGAAAUCAUGAGUAUCCUGGCUCUUCUGGGGUCUUCAUUCCCUAUUCUGUGACAAGUUAGGGCAUGGACCUGACCCUGUGUUGUCGCAGAGAAUGCUAUCUGAGUUCUGCUGAUGGCUUGCAGAGAAAGACUAGGUUUUUUAGGGACACAUUUGAUCUCAGGUAGUGCUUGCAAUGAAGUUUUCUGGCUUCCGAUUCACCAAACCAGAAAAUGCUGGUUGCACAUUGAUCUGAUUUGUGCAGUAAUAGACACCUUUUUUUUUAAGCUCCUUCAAGCUUGAAAAUUCUGUUCAUUGUGUGGGGUAGUUUGAAAGCACCAUAGGACUGACAACUUGAAGGGUAAAAAACUUUUGUAAGGAUCCAAAUUUUGGGUGUCUCAGGACAGUAUGAUGGUUGAAUAUGGCACUCUAGUUUUAGCCUGGUUUGCAUUGCUGACAAGGCCUUGUGGAAGAGACUGCUUUGUAGUCCUAAUUUUUUACCUGGAGGCCAGAGAUCUGUGAGUUCAGAAGUCACACUGAGGAACGGGCAUUUGUGACACCCCCCAGUGUUUAUAGAGUCACCAUGAAUUUUUUUUCUUACUCGCAGGGGAUAGUACAUAAUGCCCAGGAAGGCUGAGGGGAAUCUUAACCCCAGUCCUACAGAAAAGCCAUAUGCCCUCAUAUCCAGAAUUUAAUAGGCUAGUGUCACUAGUUGUAAGUCUACAGGGGCCGGGGAGACUGUAAUUGGUACAGAAACACUGGAUUAAUUGAGAGUGGAGGAGACUGCCGCAAACUACAUGGAAUGUGCCUCUUCUAAACAUGCAUCCACAAAAAUGAAUAAAUAAAUAAAGAUGCAUCCAUGAUUGUUUAAGUGACAGUGACCGUGGGAUGAGUGUGUAUAGAAAUCUCAGAACUUCCAGGUAUGUUUAUCUUGUGUAUCUGAAGUCAUUGGCAGACAAAAUGUAGUGGCUUUGUGGAUUCCUGUAGCCUCUCUGAGCUGUUCACCUCAAGGCAAUUGUUCUACAGGCAACAAAAGGAGGAUGGGGAGAAGGGAGAUCCCAUCGUCCAGGGAUCCUCUUGACUCAAGUGGAAAUGGCCUUCAUUAUUUGCAGUUUUCUUAAAGUGUACAAUUUGAUAAGUUUUGACGUGUAUAAACUCAUGGAAGCAUCAUCAUCUUGAUAGGGAGCAUAUCUGUCACUGCGUAUUUUCCUCAUGCCCUUUUAUAUUCUCCCUGCUCUCCCUGGGUCUCCAGGCAACCAUUGAUUUACAUCCCUUUACAAUAGAUUACAUUUUCUGGAAUUUUAUGAUUGAUUGUAAAGUGUUUACUCUUUUUUCUGGUUUAAUUGAUGCUGCAUAAUUACUUUGAGAUUGAUUAAUGGUGCUUAUAUGUACAUUUCAUUCUUGUUUCUAAGUAGCUUUCUCUUCCAUGUAUAAUUGACUGUGUUUAUCCAUUCAUCUGUUUAUGAAUAUAUGGGUUAUUUCCAAUAUUUAGCUAUUGCAAAUAAAAGGUGAUAUGAA